AUGAGUACUAAUACCAAGUCCGCAGAGGAGGAACCAAAACCUGCCAAGAAAAUCUACCUACCACCAAACCGAAGGAAUCCACAACCAGAAACUGUCGGAGGAGAUCGCCCAUUCAAGAGUUUUUCCAGGUCUUUUGGUGAUGGUCCACGCAGGGAAAUUAGCAAUUCAAAUGACCAUAGUGGAUCCUAUCAGCGUAGGGAUCGUUUCAUUGGCAGGGGUUAUGAAGACCGUUUCUCCAGAGAGCAAAAGUACCCAUCGGCAUGGGCUACGCGCGGGGAUCGACGGUAUUUUAAGGAGAAUGAGGAUGAGAUUUUUGAUUCCAUGAAAACACGUACGCAGGCUGGCAUAAAUUUUAAUUCCUAUGAUAAUAUCCCAGUUCAAAUGACUGGACGCCUCUCUUCUACAAUUCACCCAAUAGAGGACUUCCAGACUGGGAUUCAUGAGCUAUUAUUGGCUAAUAUUAAAAAGGUAAACUACACCAAACCAACACCAAUUCAGAAGCACUCCAUUUCGGUUAUUUUGGCAAACCGUGACUUGAUGGCUUGUGCUCAAACAGGCUCUGGGAAAACGGCUGCAUUCUUAUUGCCAAUUGUUACUGCUAUGCUUAAGUCAGGUCCUCCAGAUUCUGGACCAGUCGCAAACACGUAUAAUUCACGUAUCGCUCAGCCGGUUUGCCUGGUUUUAUCGCCUACACGUGAGUUGGCGAUUCAGAUUUAUAAUGAGGCUAGAAAGUUUAAUUUCGGAACCGGUAUUCGGACCGUUGUUUUGUAUGGUGGUAGCGAGGUUAGAAGACAAUUAUAUGACUUGGAUCGUGGCUGUGACGUUUGUGUAGCAACCCCGGGAAGAUUGACUGAUUUACUUGAACGUAGAAAGAUAUCCUUCACAUUUGUAAAAUAUUUAGUCCUAGAUGAAGCGGACCGUAUGUUAGAUAUGGGUUUUGCACCCCAAAUCCGCGCAAUUGUGGAUAACAAUUGCAUGCCGAAAAUUGGCCGUCAGACUGUUAUGUUUAGCGCCACGUUCCCAAAGGAAAUCCAACAGCUAGCUCGUGAUUUCCUAAACGACUACAUUUAUCUUGCAGUUGGUCGUGUUGGCUCUACAAAUGAAUUUAUUCGCCAGCGUUUGAUUUACGCUGAUCAAGAUCAGAAGCCAAAGUAUCUUGUAAAGCUUCUGAAAGAAAAUGUCUCGGGAUUGGUUCUUAUUUUCGUAGAGACAAAGAGAAGAGCAGAUAUGAUUGAGGCAUAUUUGCAGAGAGAGAAUUUUUCUGCUGUGAAUAUCCAUGGCGAUCGUAGCCAGCAAGAUCGUGAGCAUGCCCUCAGACUCUUCAAGACUGGUGAGGCACCUAUUCUGGUUGCUACAGAUGUAGCUGCACGUGGAUUGGAUAUUAAUAAUAUCACGCACGUUAUCAAUUGUGAUUUACCCACAAAUAUAGACGAUUAUGUUCACAGAAUAGGUAGGACCGGAAGGGCUGGCAACGUUGGCGUUGCCACAUCCCUGGUUAAUGAGAACAAUAGGCCCAUUUUGAAGGACCUUCUUUCACUUUUGGAAGAAGCUAAUCAGGAAAUUCCUCCAUGGUUCAAAAAGCUGGUCACUAGCCAGACUUUUGGUCAUUAUUCUUCAGGUGGCGCUAAGAAGCCUGGUAAAUUUAACAAGACUUUUUCCUCCAAGGAUAUGCGCACAAACUCGGAGACAGUCACCUACACACAUGGUGGCAGAGGAGGAAAGCAGGUGAUGCAGAGGCCUAGCACUUUUCAGGAAUUUGAAGAUGAUUGGUGGUGA